AUGAACACUAGUUUUAUUUCUAAUAAUUCACAAUUUUCUCCAAAGAUAAUACCAUGCAAUAGGACUAUUGAAGAUUCAUUGAAGGAUUUGGAAACUUUUGUUGUAUCUUCAACCACUACAAUCAAUACAGAAAAUCAAACACAUCUUUUAUUAAACAACCAUAACAAUCCUAUCAACGAUUAUAACAACAACACUUUACAUGACAAUUUAAAUAGUAAUAAUACUAUAGAUUGUUCAAAAAAUUAUUAUUUUUAUAAUACUUGCUCAAAUGGUAUUAAGCAACUCCAGGUAAAUUAUAUAAAUGAUAACAGAAACUCUAUUCCACGAACUAUGCCAAAUUUAGACUACAUACUAUCACAACCAACAACUACAACAAAAAAAAAGUUAAAUGAAAAUAAAGAUCCUACCAUUAAUUGUGGUGAUUUACAAAACUCCCUUUCUCUCUCUUCUUCUCAAAGAAUUUAUCCGACAACUUUAAAUCUUAAUAUGACUAAUAACAAUAACCACAAUAACAUGAAAAUCCAUAAUAAUUAUAAAUCCAUAAAAAGUUCAGCUAUAAUUCCUACAUGGAUCAACAUACCCGUAAAUUCUAAAUUUUUUAUUAUUAAAUCAAAUAGUUUGGAACACGUUAAAAAAUCGUUUUACAACAGCAUCUGGUCUUCAACACAUUUCGGUAACAAACGGCUGUCUGAAUCAUUUAAAAACUUAGACACUAAUAAAUACUCUAAAUUAUUUUUAUUCUUUUCUGUUAACGGUUCUGGAAAGUUUUGUGGUGUUGCUGAAAUGAUAUCUGAUUUAAGAGAUGAUCUAGAUACUAGCAUUUGGUCAAAUAACGGGAAAUUUGGUUUAGCAUUUAAAGUACGAUGGGUAAUUGUCAGAGAUAUUCACAAUAAAUAUUUGAAAAGAUUUUUACUACCAAAUAACGAAAUGAAACCUGUGACAAAUUCAAGAGACACACAAGAAAUACCAUAUUUAAUUGGUGCAGGAAUCUUAAAACUAUUUAAAUCACAGAAUCCAGAUAUCGAAGUCACAUCUUUUUUAGACAGUGAUUAUUAG